GUGCCUGUCUGACGGUCGCUUCAUCAUUCGUGCAGGAAUCAGAAAUGUGGACAGUGGCGUCAGUCAGAGGAAGAUAACUGACUAUUAUUACCGUCACCGAGUCACCGACACAACGCAGACAUGGCGAGCGAGUCGGUGAGUGUGCUCUUCAAGCUCUACUGUCUGACUGUGAUGACCCUGAUCGCGGCCACAUACACCGUGGCCCUCAGGUACACCAGGACAGUGUCCACAGAGCUCUACUUCUCCACCACCGCCGUCUGCCUGGCCGAGAUCAUCAAGCUGCUGCUCAGUCUCAUCAUGCUGGUCAGAGAGACUGGAGAUGUGGGCCGCUGUCGAGCUGCUCUGGUCACACACAUAUUCAGGAGCCCCAAAGAGCUGCUGAAGCUGAGCAUCCCGUCGGUGGUCUACGCCAUCCAGAACAACAUGGCCUUUGUGGCCCUGAGCAAUCUGGACGCCGCCGUUUACCAGGUGACGUACCAGCUGAAGAUCCCGUGUACGGCGCUGUGUACGGUGAUGAUGCUGAACCGUUCUCUGAGCCGCCUGCAGUGGUUUUCCGUCUUCAUGCUGUGUGCGGGAGUCACGCUGGUGCAGUGGACGCCGCCGCACUCCUCCAAAGUACAGGUGGAGCAGAACCCGUUCCUGGGCUUCAUGGCGAUAGCAGUGGCGGUGCUGUGCUCUGGGUUUGCAGGAGUGUAUUUCGAGAAGGUCCUGAAGAGCUCGGACACGUCUCUGUGGGUUAGAAACAUUCAGAUGUACCUGUCUGGUAUUGCUGUCACCCUUAUGGGCGUCUACAUGACGGAUGGGGCCCGGGUGCUUGAGAAAGGCUUCUUCUACGGAUACACACCCUGGGUCUGCCUGGUGGUCUUUUUGGCGAGUGUUGGAGGAAUGUACACGUCUGUGGUGGUCAAAUACACUGAUAACAUCAUGAAGGGCUUCUCUGCGGCUGCCGCCAUCGUCCUGUCCACCGUGGCCUCCGUCCUGCUCUUCGGCCUGCAGAUCACGUUGACGUUCAUCAGCGGAGCUCUGCUGGUGUGUGUGUCCAUCUACCUGUACGGUCUGCCCAAACAGGACACCAGUAAAGUGCAGAAGGCCGGAGCAGAGCGAGAGGACACACAGAAGCUGAUCUCAGUGUGACAGAACACACAUACACACACAUUUCUGACUGAUCCAGGACCUGCGGAACGGACCACACUACACCAGGAGGAGCGCUGGGAGAGUUUAUACAGGACGACCACUGUUGUUUAUUUCUGUUAAUAUCAUUUAUACGUCAUGAUGCACAUAGCGAACACUGAUGCCGAUACACUGAACGUACUUGUGCACAUCAGACUGCUUUACUUUAGUUUAUUUUGUGAAGGACCUUUGGCAUUUACUCAAGUGUAAAGUAUCUGCACAGAUCUGUUGGUUUGCCAAUUCAUUUUAAUUACAGAUCAAAGGUCGACUCCAGUGUUUAACGUCCUCCUCGUCAGCCCGGAUGAUCUCUGUGCGUCUCUGAGGAGACUCUUUUAUUGACGGAUCACUGAUACCGUAGUACAGUUCAUGCGUGUGCUGAAGAUUUCUACACCUGAUUGGAAAUACAGCGGGACAGCUUUAUUUACACACACACAUGCAUAGUUUACUGAAGUGUUUCUCAACCACGUUCCUGGAGGACCACCGGCACUGCAUGUUUUGGAUGUCUCCUUUGUCUGUCACACCCAUUACAGGUGUUUCAGUCUCUACUAAUGAGCUGAUGAUCUGAAUCAGGUGUGUUUGGUUAAGGAAACAUGGGUAAUUUGCAGAAUUGGUGGUCCUUCAGGAACGUGGUUGAGAAACGCUGGUUUACAGGGACUCUUCAUAGGCGUAAUGCAUUUCAUACUGUAAUAACCACUCAUUAUAUGGCCCUACAACACACAUGUGGGAUAGAGGAAACCUGUGGCAAAAUAUCAAUAUCAAAAGACUUUAAGUAUGAGAGUUUUGAAUUACAGGGACAUGAGGUGUGACCCUGUAAACCAGCUUAAUAGAGACAUAGCCAUGUCAUUAUACAAUUUGGUGUCCCUGUAAACCACAUAAACCUGUACACACACGCACACAAGAGCCAAUGAAUUCACCAGUGUGCAGAUUCUGACAGUACUGCUCUUAUGUGAGGUAUACAUAUAUGUGCUAAUGUAAUCAUGAAGUGUUUCCCUGCUGAAAAAGACCGUCUAAAACAAUCACAGAAGAGGCGAAUGGUUUUCUCUACAAACGCCAUUAAAAACAAUGCAAACUGCCA